AUGGGAGGAUGCUUCUCCAAGCCCAAACCCGUUGAAGUAAAAAUUGAAGUUGUGAUACCUGAGAAGGAGAGAAGCAAGGAGGAGAUGUCGCCCAACGGCAAAGCCAGCCCCCUGAUCUACAAAGUCAAUGGGACUGCCCGGCAUUACCAUCUCGAGGAGCAUCCCAUUGGCAGCAAUCCCUACCACAACCCAAAGGAUGUGGUGGAAGCAUCCGUGUGCCACGUGAAGGACCUGGAGAAUGGACAGAUGCGGGAAGUGGACCUAGGCUGCGGGAAGGCUCUGCUCGUCAAGGAGAGCGGCGAGUUCCAUGCCGUGGGACACAAGUGUCCUCACUACGGGGCUCCGCUGGUCAAAGGGGUUUUGUCCAAAGGACGAGUCCGCUGUCCGUGGCACGGAGCUUGCUUUAACAUCGGCACAGGUGACAUAGAGGAUUUUCCUGGCUUGGACAGCUUACCCAGGUUCCAGGUGAAGAUCGAGAAGGAGAAGGUGUACAUCCGAGCAAGCAAGCAGGCUCUUCAGACACAGAGGAGGACAAAGAUGAUGGCGAAGUGCAUCUCCUUGAGCAACUAUAACCUGAGCAGUACCAACGUGCUGAUCAUCGGUGCAGGAGCAGCUGGACUGGUCUGUGCAGAGACCUUGCGCCAGGAGGGUUUCUCGGACAGGAUUGUGAUGUGCACGAUGGACAGGCACUUGCCCUACGACAGACCAAAGCUCAGUAAGUCGAUGGAUUCCCACCCGGAGCAGAUCGCCCUACGCCCCAAGGAGUUCUUCCGCACCUACGACAUCGAAGUCCUGACUGAAAUGCAGGUUGCGGCUGUGGAUAUCAAGAACAAGAUAGCCGUGUUCAAGGAUGGGUUUAAGAUGGAAUACAACAAGCUACUGAUAGCGACUGGAAGCACGCCCAAAGCUCUCAGCUGCAAAGGCAAGGAGGUGGAAAAUGUUUUCAACAUCCGGACACCCGAAGAUGCCAACCGUGUCGUGAAGCUGGCCACAAGCAAGAACGUGGUUAUCGUGGGAGCAUCCUUCCUGGGGAUGGAGGUGGCUGCCUACCUUGCGGAGAGGGCCCACUCGGUGUCCGUGGUGGAGCUGGAGGAGGUCCCCUUCAAGAAGUUCUUUGGGGAGAGGGUUGGCCGCGCUGUCAUGAAGAUGUUCGAGAGCAACAGGGUGAAGUUCUACAUGCAGACCGAGGUGUCGGAGCUGCGGGAGCAGGAGGGCAAGCUGAAGGAGGUUGUGCUGAAGAGCGGGAAGGUCCUGCGUGCCGACGUCUGUGUCGUCGGUGUUGGUAAGGGGCGGGCGGUAGGGACCCUGCGGAGCAGUUCCCUGUUUCUGUUUGCGUAGGGUGCAAACCCCACCAAUGCACACUUUGCUUCUUCCCUGCAGAUGAUGCAAACCAACAUCCCCGGAGUCUUUGCAGCCGGUGACGCUGUCACGUUCCCGCUGGCCUUGAGGAAUAAUAAGAAGGUGAACGUCCCUCACUGGCAGAUGGCCCAUAUGCACGGCCGUAUAGCUGCGCUGAACAUGCUGGCCCAUGGCAUGGAGAUCAGCACAGUCCCGUGUUUGUGGACGGCUAUGUUCGGGAAGAGCAUCCGAUACGCGGGCCACGGGGAAGGAUUCGAUGAUGUUGUCAUUCAGGGAGAUUUAGACGAACUGAAGUUUGUGGCAUUUUAUACCAAGAGCGACGAGGUGGUGGCUGUGGCCAGCAUGAACUACGACCCUAUCGUGUCCAAGGUGGCUGAGGUCCUGGCUGCUGGCAGGGCCAUCCGAAAGCGCGAUGUGGAGCUGUUUGUCCGUCAUGGCAAAACUGGAGAUAUGUCCUGGCUAACUGGGAAAGGCUCCUAA